AUGAAGUUUGGAAGUCAGCUUCAAGGUGCUCUCUACCGAGAGUGGCAAGAGUACUAUCUUGAUUAUACUGGCUUAAAGAAGCGUUUGAAACGCGGCGAAAAACAAGAGGGAGGGUACACUGAAAAAGACGAGUCGGAAUUUGUUGAACAUUUAGAUAAAGAGUUAGAGAAGAUUUAUGCUUUCCAAAACUCGAAAAUUGAAGAAAUCAAAGACCGCGUACACCAUUGCGAAAACGCGGUUGCCUCAAUAACUCGGAGUCCUUCGAUGAAUGUUCCAGAUAUUUAUACAGAAGUGGAGAACGAGAUCAAUGCAAUCACUGAAGAAUUGAAUGAGCUGGCUAAAUAUGCUCGUUUGAAUUAUACGGGUAUCAUUAAAAUUGUAAAGAAACAUGAUAGGCGAACGCGAUAUAUACUGCGUCCAAUGUUUAAUGUUCGAUUAAACGCGUGCCCCUUCUACAAAGAGACUUACGAACCAAUCAUUGUACAACUUUCCAAACUCUAUCAUAUUGUACACACGGAAUUGGGCUAUGAACAAGGUUCAAAUAUUCCACCCUCACCUGUUAACUUCUCUCUCUCCUCUUCAUGGAAGCCGCCGACAUUUUUACCGGACCAACGAGUAAGACAAAAUCACAAAUUCUGGGUUCAUCCCAAUAAUAUCAUGGAAGUGAAAACGACAAUUCUUCGACAUCUUCCUGUACUCAUUUAUAAAGCUGCCUCGGAACCAAGCGUUAGCACGAUCUACUUUGAUAAUCAAAAUUUCGAGUUAUAUCAGGAUAAGGUUGAUCGUAAAGGGGGUGAACAAAUAAUUAGAAUACGUUGGUAUGGCAAUAGAGAGACAACGAAUGAAGCUUUUGUUGAGCGAAAGAUUCACCAACAAGGCGAGGAAGAGAUCAAGGAUCGAUUUGCCAUCAAGGAAAAGUAUAUCGUUCCGUUCCUAAAGGGAGAGUAUUCCAUGCAGAAAACUAUAAAUAAAAUGAAGGAAGCUCCCGUUAAAAAAGAAGAGGAUAUUAAACAGUUUGAAAAGCUGGUCUCUGAUAUUCAGAGCACGAUACUAGAGAAAAAUCUUAAACCAGUCCUACGUACGAAUUAUAAUCGUAUGGCUUUUCAGAUUCCCGGAGACUCGCGUUGUAGGAUUUCACUUGAUACAGACUUUGUGUCAAUACGCGAAGACAAUUUUGAUGGGGUUCAACGGCGCAAGGAUGGAGAAUGGCGUCGUACAGAUAUAGAAGACGAUCAAAAUUCAUUCAAUAAAUUGCCUGCAUCAGAGGUUUCCAGGUUUCCUUACGCCGUGUUGGAGAUUAAAUUAAAAUUAGAAGAAAAUGAACAAGAACCCGCUUGGAUACGAGAAUUGAUAGAGAGUCAUUUGGUUGAAGAAGCUCCACAAUUUUCUAAAUUUGUUCAUGGUGUAGCCACAAUGUUUACUUCACAAGCUCCGUCAUUACCAUUCUGGUUACCUAAUGUAGAUAAAGAUAUUCUCAAACCGCCUAGUAAUGUUCAAUCAACAUCAUCAACAUCACCGAUGGUUAUUCCAUCAAAUGGUCGCAAUUCUAAUAAUCAAAAUGAUGAUUUUCCACGAAGACGUUCAUCAGCAUCAAAACUCAAUUAUGUCGAAGUGGUUGUUGAUAAUGACAACAAAAGAAAGGGAAAAGGUAAAGCUGUAGACAACCAAGGACAAGAGGAAGAGCCUAACGAACGUACAGCAUUGCUUGGCAACCGUAAUGGAAAACGUCAGAAAACACGUGGAUUUCUACCGAAUCUCUUUGAUUUCUUUAAUCAAACAUUCAAGACAACUGACACUGAGCCAGUCACCUUACCACCAGCUGUACGCGUUCCUCAAAAAGUGGAGACUCCGAUUCGUGUGGAGGCAAAGGUCUAUUUUGCUAAUGAAAGAACUUUCUUCUCGUGGCUUAGAUUCAGUCUAUUAUUGGGGACAUUUUCAGUAGCAUUGUUCAAUGCUGGCACUAAUGAUAAUAUUGGAAGGUUCUGUGGGUUGUUGUAUUCAACUAUUAGCGUGAUGGUGUUGAUCUAUGCCCUUUCACAAUAUCAUAAACGUGUUGAUAUGAUAAAUUCGAGGCACGCAGGACCUUAUGAUGAUCUUGUUUUCCCAACAGUAGUUUGUUUUGCACUAUUUUUUGCUGUCUCGAUUAACUUUUUCCUCAAAUUGGCACCGGCGAAAGUGGAACGUGGUGGUGCAAACGUGGGACAAAAUAAUUCAAUUUUAAUAUAA